AUGAGGAGACUGAGUUUGUGGUGGCUGCUGAGCAGGGUCUGUCUGCUGUUGCCGCCGCCCUGCGCACUGGUCCUGGCCGGGGUGCCCGGCUCCUCCUCGCACCCGCAACCCUGCCAGAUCCUCAAGCGCAUAGGACACGCGGUGAGGGUGGGCGCCGUGCAUUUGCAACCCUGGACCACGACCCCACGCGCAACCAGCCGCGCUCUGGACAGCAGCCGGGCAGAUGCCCAGAGGGAUGAGCCCGAACCAAGGACUUGGGGGCCCCCGGUGUCCUCUCAGGGCACACGCUGGUUGGGGAGUGCUCUGCAUGGCCGGGGGCCACCCGGUGCCCGGAAGCCAGACGAGGGCACUGGGGCUGAGACGCUAUGGCCUCGGGACGCCCUCCUAUUCGCCGUGGACAACUUGAACCGCGUGGAAGGGUUGCUGCCCUACAACCUGUCUUUGGAAGUCGUGAUGGCCAUCGAGGCGGGCCUGGGGGAUCUGCCGCUUUUGCCCUUCUCCUCCCCUAGCUCACCAUGGAGCAGUGACCCUUUCUCCUUUCUGCAGAGCGUGUGCCACACCGUGGUGGUGCAAGGGGUGUCGGCGUUGCUGGCUUUCCCCCAGAGCCAGGGCGAGAUGAUGGAGCUGGACUUGGUCAGCUCCGUCCUGCACAUUCCAGCCAUCAGCAUCGUGCGCCACGAGUUUCCACGGGAGAGUCAGAAUCCCCUCCACCUACAACUGAGUUUAGAAAAUUCCUUAAGUUCUGAUGCUGAUGUCACUGUCUCAAUCCUCACCAUGAACAACUGGUACAAUUUUAGCUUGCUGCUGUGCCAGGAAGACUGGAACAUCACCGACUUCCUUCUCCUUAUCCAGAACAAUUCCAAGUUCCACCUUGGAUCUAUCAUCAACACCACUGCUAACCUCUCCUCCACCAAGGACCUCUUAAGCUUCCUGCAGGUCCAGCUUGAGAGCGUUAAGAACAGCACACCCACCAUGGUGAUGUUUGGCUGCAACAUGGAGAGUAUCCGGCAGAUUUUUGAAAUCACCACCCAGUUUGCUAUAACAACCCCUGAGCUUCACUGGGUCCUGGGAGAUUCACAGAAUGUAGAAGAACUGAGGACAGAAGGUCUGCCCUUGGGGCUCAUUGCUCAUGGGAAAACAACACAGUCUUUCUUUGAGUACUAUGUACAAGAUGCCAUGGAGCUGGUUGCUAGGGCUGUAGCCACAGCCACCAUGAUCCAACCAGAACUAGCUCUCGUUCCCAGCACGAUGAAUUGCAUGGAUGUCAAAACUACGAAUCUCACAUCAGGACAGUAUCUCUCAAGGUUUCUAGCCAACACCACUUUCAGAGGACUCAGUGGCUCCAUCAAAGUGAAAGGCUCCACCAUCAUCAGCUCAGAAAACAACUUUUUCAUCUGGAAUCUGCAGCAUGACCCUGUGGGAAAGCCAAUGUGGACUCGCUUGGGUAGCUGGCAGGGAGGAAAAAUUGUCAUGGACUAUGGCAUAUGGCCAGAGCAAGCUCAGAGGCACAAAACCCACUUCCAACACCCAAAUAAGCUACACUUGAGAGUGGUGACCCUGAUUGAGCACCCAUUUGUCUUCACAAGGGAGGUGGACGAUGAAGGCUUAUGCCCAGCUGGCCAACUCUGUCUAGACCCUAUGACUAAUGACUCUUCCAUAUUGGACAGCCUGUUCAGUAGUCUCCAUAGCGGUAAUGACACUGUGCCAAUCCAAUUCAAGAAGUGCUGCUAUGGGUAUUGUAUUGAUCUUCUGGAACAGCUAGCAGAAGACAUGAACUUUGACUUUGACCUCUACAUUGUUGGGGAUGGAAAGUAUGGAGCCUGGAAAAAUGGACACUGGACAGGGCUGGUAGGUGAUCUCCUAAGUGGGACUGCCCACAUGGCAGUCACAUCCUUCAGCAUUAAUACUGCAAGGAGCCAGGUGAUAGACUUCACCAGUCCUUUCUUCUCCACCAGCUUGGGCAUCUUAGUGAGGACCCGAGACACAGCGGCUCCCAUUGGAGCUUUCAUGUGGCCACUCCACUGGACAAUGUGGUUGGGGAUUUUCGUGGCUCUGCACAUCACUGCCAUCUUUCUCACUCUGUAUGAAUGGAAGAGCCCCUUUGGUAUGACUCCCAAAGGGCGCAAUAGAAGUAAAGUCUUCUCCUUCUCUUCAGCCUUGAACGUCUGUUAUGCCCUUCUGUUUGGUAGAACAGUGGCCAUCAAACCCCCAAAAUGUUGGACUGGAAGAUUUCUAAUGAACCUUUGGGCCAUUUUCUGUAUGUUUUGCCUUUCUACAUAUACAGCAAACUUGGCUGCUGUCAUGGUAGGUGAGAAGAUCUAUGAAGAGCUUUCUGGAAUACAUGAUCCUAAGUUGCACCAUCCUUCUCAAGGCUUCCGCUUUGGAACUGUCCGGGAAAGCAGUGCUGAAGAUUAUGUGAGACAAAGCUUCCCAGAGAUGCACGAGUAUAUGAGGAGGUACAAUGUGCCAGCCACCCCUGAUGGAGUGCAGUAUCUUAAGAAUGAUCCCGAGAAACUAGACGCCUUCAUCAUGGACAAAGCCCUUCUGGAUUAUGAAGUGUCAAUAGAUGCUGACUGCAAGCUUCUCACCGUGGGGAAGCCAUUUGCCAUAGAAGGCUAUGGCAUUGGUCUCCCACCCAACUCUCCGCUGACCUCCAAUAUAUCAGAGCUAAUCAGUCAAUACAAGUCCCAUGGGUUUAUGGAUGUGCUGCAUGACAAGUGGUACAAGGUGGUUCCCUGUGGCAAGAGAAGUUUUGCUGUCACUGAGACUUUGCAAAUGGGCAUCAAACAUUUCUCUGGACUCUUCGUGUUGCUGUGCAUUGGAUUCGGCCUCUCCAUCUUGACAACCAUUGGGGAGCACAUCGUAUACAGGCUGCUGCUCCCACGAAUCAAAAACAAAUCCAAGCUUCACUACUGGCUGCACACCAGUCAGAGAUUACAUAGAGCAUUAAACACAUCAUUUAUCGAGGAAAAGCAGCAGCGUUUCAAGACCAAACGUGUGGAAAAAAGGUCUAACUUGGGACCCCGCCAGCUCAUGGUGUGGAAUACUUCCAAUCUGAGUCAUGACAACCAACGAAAAUACAUCUUUAGUGACGAGGGAGGACAAAACCAGCUGGGCAUCUCAACCCACCAGGACAUCCCUCUCCCUCCAAGGAGAAGAGAGCUCCCAGCCUCGCUGGCCACCAAUGGGAGGGCGGACCCCCUCAACACACAACGGAACUCAGUGAUGCAGGAACUCUCAGAGCUGGAGAAGCAGAUUCAGGUGAUCCGCCAGGAGCUGCAUUUGGCUGUGAGCAGAAAAGCAGAGCUGGAGGAAUAUCAAAGGACAAAUAGGACUUGUGAGUCCUAGGCGAUCACACUGCUCUCCUUUCUCAGUUCCUGGCAUUGCUGAGCUCUUGAGACACUUUGUAAUGCUCUUUUGUAAGGACUGACAGAGAUGUGGAGAAACUGAGAUCUAGGUCUUCUAGAGGGCAGGUCUGCUCUCCCCAGCCUAACACAGGGCAGCCGCUCUUCCCAAGGCUUACUACCCUGUAGGUCUCCAGAGCAGGAAUCUGAUUUAGGAGAAAAUUCUGUACAAGUGAUCUGUGAACAACCAGAUAAUCUCAGCUCCGAUGAACUUUUCCACCUGGUGCCACAGUAAUAUUUCUGGUUUUUAGCCCUUUCUCUGCACUUCAACAAAAGAUAUACAUAUAUAUAUAUACAUAAAAAAAGAAAUUGUUACUCAGAUCCGUGUCUUACUGGGUUGGUUUUUAAUCCUAAUUUAGACCAAGAUUAUCCAGAGUUUUGGUACAACUUCCCCAUCUAGAUUUUUGUCUCCCUACAUUCUGAACGGGGAGCAGGGUAAAAGCUAGUGAACCUUGGGCCAGAGGAGAUAU